AUGACAUUUAAAAAUAACUUAUGUGCCCUUUCAUCCAAAGUUGAACAAGAUACAUUUGUAUUGACAUUGAUGGAAGUAAGAAAAGCCAAGAGAACAAACAAUAAAAAAACUACAAGGAAUGACCGUGUAGCUACAAAAUAUUUUAUACCAAAUGUAAACGGAGACAUGAUAAAUGUAUGUGCGCAUGCCUUCAGUGAUAUUACAUCUUUAACUAGAAGAAGGCUCAAUAUAAUCUGUAAAAAUUUUAAUGUUCAUCAUCAAAGCCCAAAAGAAAAAAGAGGAGGUAAACACUUAAAUGCAUCAGAAAUCGAAGUGACAUUGUCAAUAGAGGAUCAUAUUAAAUCAUUUAAGUGUAGAAAAAGUCACCACACCCGCAGAGAAACUGGUAGAAGUUAUUUACAGCCAGGAUUAUCAAUUAAAUAUUUGUGGUCUCAUUGGAAAAUGAAUAGAUUGAAAGAAAAUUGUUGCAUUGCAAGUUUAAGUAAAUACCAAUUUAUUUUUACAUCUAAGUUCAACUUGAGUUUUGGCCACCCAAGGCAAGAUAUUUGUUCUUUUUGUACCGAACAGUUAACAAAGAUUCAAAUUGAAAAAGAUGAAGAUAUGAAAAUUGAACUUCAUUUAGAAUUAAAAGUACACCAAAGACGAGCAAAACGGUUUUUUGAACUAUUGAAGGAAGAAUCACCUGAUAGUGUUUCUGUAUCUUUUGAUAUGAUGCAAACACAGCCUUUGCCUAAAUUAUCAGUUACUGAGGUAUUUUAUAGUAGGCAAGUAUGGCUGUACAAUUUAACUUUUGUCAUAGCUGCACCAACUCAAGGCCUAGAAAAUUGUUAUUUAUACACAUGGACAGAAUGUGAAAGUGGAAGGGGUCCAAAUGAAGUGUGUUCGUCACACGUAGAUUUUUUAGAAAAUUUAGAAAGCCGACUUUGUUAA